UGCUGCAGUGUGCGUAUGAUUGUUGCCGGGUUUUUAAAUUUAUCGAGAAAGGUGGAAAAAUUGUUUUAUCUUGACGAUUAAGGAUGGCUUCGGAUUCGGGCUACGGGCAGCCUGGAGCUCAACAAAGCUAUGGAUCUUAUGGUGGGACUUCUCAAGGCUAUCAACAGGGUGGACAGGGUUACGGUCAGGGCAAUGGGGGAGGAUCAUAUGGCGGACAGAGUUAUGGAGGAUUCGGACAGUCAGAUGAAGGCUAUGGCCAGUCUUCACAGGGUUUUUCCUCCGGCAGCUACGGCCAGCAACAAUCGGGAUACGAUAGUUAUGGCCAGCAGGGCUCGGACUCCUCCUCCGGGUACGGCGACAGGUCGUCCUCCUACAGUCAACAGGGCUCCUACGGACAGCAGUCAGGAGGGUAUGGACAGCAGGGCUCGUAUGGGGGAUCUCAGGGAGGCUACGCAAGACGCACGGAAGCAGGCGAGAGCAGGAGAUAUGGUGGUGGUGAUGAUGGAGGGUCUGACAGGUCAGAGAGCUACAGGGGCAGAGGGCGUGGCGGCUACGAUCGGGGGGGCUACGACCGGGGUGGAAGAGGUGGCCAACACUCUGGUAUGGGUGAUGGUGACCGUGGUGGCUACAAAAAUUACGGUGGACCCAGAGACUAUGGCCAAAGGGAUGAUGCAGGUGGAGAACAGGACAACUCGGACAAUAACACCAUCUUUGUCCAAGGUCUUGGAGAGGAUGUUACCACUGACGAAGUAGGAAAUUUCUUCAAGCAGAUUGGCAUCAUAAAGGUGAAUAAGAAGACUGGCAAGCCCAUGAUUAACCUGUACACUGACAAAGCCACAGGGAGGCUUAAGGGUGAAGCCACAGUCUCAUUUGAUGAUCCUCCCUCGGCCAAAGCUGCCAUUGACUGGUUUGAUGGAAAAGAUUUCAAUGGGAAACCUAUUAAGGUGUCGUUUGCCACCAGACGAGCAGAGUUUACACAGAGAGGGGGCGGCAGGGGACGUGGAGGUUUCAGAGGUCGUGGAGGUUAUGGCGGAGGUCCCUCUUUUGAUGUGAAAGGCGGUGAUUGGCCCUGCCCUAACAGCUCUUGUGGCAAUAUAAAUUUUGCUCGGCGAUAUGAGUGCAACAAAUGUGGUGCACCAAAGCCAGGAGACAGCUUUGGAGGAGAUCGUGGCGGCAGAGGAGGGUUUGGAGGCGGAGACCGCGGUGGUUUCAGGGGCCGCGGCGGAUUCCGUGGUGGCGAUCGCGGAAGCUACGGUGGCGGCGGCGGUGGAGGUGAUAGCUACGGAGGAGGAUACAAAAUGGGAGGAAGAGGAGACCACAGAGCAGACAGAAGGGACCGGCCAUACUAAAAGAUUCAUGUAGACACCAUUCCAGCCCUGGGCUUAAUGGAGGGUGGGGGAGGGAGGUGGUGUGGGGGGGUGAAGAUUCAGUUGCUGGGAAGGUUGUGAGGGGGGAUUUGGGUUAGGUCAGUGUCUGCAGUCUGCAAACCUUUUCAUCGCCAGAGUGUCCUGCGUGCCGCUUCAGCUGGCUCUUACGACCACGAAGCAUUGAUGUGCAUCUACUGUGAGGGAACUGUUGGGUGUAGAGAGUGGGCAAGGUGAAAGGGUGGGCAGGGUUGAGAGGUUGUUUUCUUUGUUUCUUCCUUUAAUUUCCCCUGACUAGUAGAUUUUUCCACAGUUAAUGUGCAGUAGACUUGUCAACGCCUUCAUAUCAUUGUUUUGUAAGUUGAAAUGAACUGUUUUACUUUCUUUUUUUUUUCUCUUUUUUUUUUGCAAAUGAUAUUAAACACCAUUCUGAUCUUAAAAUGUUUGUUUAAUAUUAAAAGAAUUCA